AUGACUACACCUGAUACAUGGGAUGGUCUUAUUUUGCAUUAUUUGGGGUUGGAUCAUAUUGGACACAUUGAAGGACCUAAGGGAUCUAGCAUCCCUAAAAAAAUUCGUGAAAUGGAUGAAGUUAUUCACAGUAUACUUGAAGUAUUGAUGAACUCUUCAUCAAUUAUCAAUAAAAAUUGGUUAUUUAUUUUAACAGGCGAUCAUGGAAUGAGUGAUAAAGGCAGUCAUGGAGGCUCUACAACUGGUGAAAAAAACAACUGGCCUUUUUAUGCUUGGAUCGAACUGGAAUAA